CUUAUCAUCAUACCAGCACAAAUACACAACAAACGAAAUACAUAGAAAAUGGCAUCAUUGGAGUACUCGGGACUAAUCCUAGUAUGUGUUCUUGCUUUGCUUUCUUGCACUGUGACUGCCCGACCCGCGACGUUCUUGCAGGAUUUUCGCAUCACGUGGGCGGACUCUCACAUCCGCCAACUUGAUGGAGGGAGGGCUAUUCAGCUUGUUCUUGAUCAAAGUUCAGGAUGCGGGUUUGCUUCCAAGUAUCAGUAUUUGUUCGGACGUGUGAGCAUGAAGAUCAAGCUCGUCCCUGGUGACUCUGCCGGAACAGUCACUGCAUUUUAUAUGAAUUCAGACACGGAUACAAUACGAGACGAGCUAGAUUUUGAGUUCUUGGGAAACCGGUCGGGGCAGCCAUACACAGUCCAGACUAAUGUGUAUGCCCACGGGAAAGGUGACCGUGAACAAAGGAUCAACCUCUGGUUCGAUCCUGCAGCAGAAUUCCACACUUACUCUAUAUUAUGGAACCACCGUCACGUCGUCUUCUACGUGGAUGAAGUGCCGAUCAGGGUUUACAAGAACAACGAAGCCAGGGGAAUUCCCUUCCCGAAAUUCCAGCCCAUGGGAGUGUAUUCUACUCUGUGGGAAGCGGACGACUGGGCGACGAGAGGCGGCCUGGAGAAGAUAGAUUGGAGCAAAGCCCCAUUCUACGCCUACUACAAGGAUUUUGACAUCGAGGGGUGUCCGGUGCCGGGGCCAGCCAACUGCGCCUCCAACCCUAGCAACUGGUGGGAGGGUGCAGCAUACCAACAACUCAACCCUGAGGAAGCCAAGCGGUACAAAUGGGUGCGGAUGAACCACAUGAUCUACGACUACUGCACCGACAAGUCCCGGUACCCGAAUACCCCACCGGAAUGUGUGGCAGGGAUAUGAUGCAAAUCCCACUUAAUUUCUGGUUAUCUUCAUCGUCAUCGGAUGGCAGAUAUUACAUGGGGGUGAGUGUUGAGGGAAUUAAAGAAAAAAAUGUAAUUUGGGAUUAAUUAUAAUGCAUGCAUGGGGUGUGCUGAUUAAUUAAAUUAAAAGUGGAUGUCGUUUUCUUGGUACGUAAAAUUGUUGCGUGUGUAUGAGGUGGACGCUGUUUGCGCCAAUAAUGUGUGUGGAUGAUCUUGGAAAUGAUGUACUUAUUUCUCAUAUAUGUUUUUUUAUAUUUUUUCCCAAGUGAUGAAGUAUUAUAUGAAGAAAGCUAUUAAUUUUCUUUCUUGAA